AUGGAUAAAUCGAAGAAACCGCCGACGACGGGCGGUGGUGGAGCAACCGGAGGUGGUGCACCAGGAGCUGGACCCGGCGGAAAGAAAGGCCCAGGAGCAGGACCUGCUGGCGUCGGCAAAGGACCGCCCAAAAAGCCCAGUGAUAGUGACGCACCGGGAGCCGGUGCUAAGGCGGAAGGAGAUCCCAGUGGACCGGGUGCCACCAAGGAUGAAACUUCCGCUGCGGCAAACGGCGACAAAAAAGCGGAUAAGGCUGACACUGAGCAACCAUCGCAGCCGAAGCCUGGCAGUGCCGGGGCGACGGUCCGCGACGGUGCCCAGAAAGUUCUUAACCUGGCCAUGAAGAGCGAAUGGGCUCCCGUUGAAGCUGUGCUGAAAGGCUUGGAAAAGGCGAUAGCCGCCGGCGGAGAGGACGCCAAUCCGACCCCGCUUGCCGGGGUGAUGGAUCCGGCCACCGGAAUGACACCGCUAAUGCUUGCCGUCAAGGACAACCGGACACCAAUCUUAGAUAGGCUUAUAGAACUCGGAUCGGACGUCGGAGCGAGGAAUAAUGACAAUUACAAUGUGAUACAUAUUGCUUCCAUGUUCUCUAGAGAAGAUGUAGUUAAAUUACUUUUAAAUAAGCGUGGCGUCGAUCCAUACUCGAUGGGCGGGUCACGGCAACAAACGGCUGUUCAUUUGGUAGCUAGUAGACAAACCGGCACUGCAACCGCAAUUUUACGGGCGCUUUUGGCUGCGGCUGGUAAGGAUAUCCGAACAAAGACUGACGGUAAAGGCAAAAUACCGCUCCUGCUUGCUGUCGAGGCUGGUAACCAGUCUAUGUGCAGGGAGUUACUAUCGGCACAAACGGCGGAUCAACUGAAGGCCACGACCAACAAUGGCGAUACGGCACUGCACCUGGCCGCCCGACGGAAAGACGUCGAGAUGGCCCGUAUCCUGCUGGAUUACGGUGCGAAUGUGGACCUCCAGAACGGCGAUGGUCAAACGGCGCUGCAUAUAGCGGCGGCCGAAGGCGACGAGGCGAUGGUCAAGUACUUCUAUACCGUUCGUGCUUCACCAGCAAUCAUAGAUAAUGAAGAUCGCACACCGAUGCAUCUUGCAGCGGAGAACGGUCACGCGUCAAUCAUCGAAAUCCUGGCGGACAAGUUCCGGGCCAGCAUCUACGAGCGCACAAAGGAUGGUAGUACGUUGAUGCACAUCGCUUCGUUGAACGGUCACGCUGAGUGCGCUACGACGUUGUUUAAGAAGGGUGUCUACUUGCACAUGCCGAACAAGGGCGGUGCCCGGAGUAUCCACACGGCGGCCAAGUACGGGCACGUGGGCAUCAUCAGCACCCUGCUGAACAAGGGCGAAAAGGUCGACGUGCCCACGAAUGACAACUACACUGCCCUUCACAUCGCUGUUCAAUCCGCCAAGCCAGGCGUCGUGGAGACGCUGCUGGGGUUUGGUGCCGAAGUGCACGUCCGGGGGGGAAAGCUGAAAGAGACUCCACUGCACAUUGCCGCCCGGGUGUCGGACGGGGACCGGUGCGCGCUAAUGCUGCUCAAGUCCGGAGCCGGUGCCAACAAAACGACUGGCGACGGCCAAACGCCCGUUCAUGUAGCUGCCAAAUAUGGGAACGUGCUGACGAUGGAUCAGCUGCUGGAGGAUAAUGGCGAUCCGCUGAUCAAGUCCAAUGUCGGCGAAACACCACUGCACUUGGGUGCGCGGAACUGUCAUCCGGAUAUAGUGAGGCAUCUGAUAGAUUUCGUAUUGCAAAAGCAUGGGAAAGAGGUGUUGAAGAACUACUUGAACUUUACCAAUGAAGAUGGAGCGACGGCGCUGCACUACGCCUGUCAGGUGAUGAAGAGUGAGGUGAAGUCGGGUUCGGGCGAUCGAGAAAUUGUGAAGAUGCUGAUCGAGAAUGGGGCAGACGUAUCGCUGGCGACAAAGUCCACCCAGGAGACAUGUUUUCACGCGGUUUCCAUAGCUGGUAACAACGAUGUCCUUUCAGAGAUGAUUACCCACCUUUCGACUACGGAUAUCCAGAAGGCUAUGAAUCGGCAGUCAUCGGUUGGUUGGACACCGCUGUUGAUCGCGUGUAAUCGAGGUCACAUGGAUUUGGUGAAUACCCUACUAGCCAACCAUGCGAGGGUGGAUGUGUUCGAUAACGAAGGCCGAUCGGCGCUGCACUUGGCGGCCGAGCAUGGCUACCUACAAGUCUGUGAUGCACUCAUUACCAAUAAGGCGUUUAUUAAUUCUAAGUCACGAGUCGGUCGAACGGCUCUCCAUCUGGCCGCUAUGAACGGGUACACGGAAUUGGUCAAGUUUUUGAUCCGAGACCACAAUGCGGUGGUGGACAUUUUGACCUUGCGGAAACAGACUCCGCUACAUCUGGCCGCAGCCAGCGGGCAGAUGAAUGUAUGUAAGCUACUACUAGAACUAGGUGCCAAUAUCGAUGCGACGGACGACGUUGGCCAGAAACCCAUUCACGUGGCUGCGCAGAACAAUUACUCCGAAGUUGCCAAAUUAUUUCUUCAGCAGCACCCAAACCUUGUGAUGGCUACGAGCAAAGAUGGCAAUACUUGCGCUCAUAUAGCUGCCAUGCAAGGCUCGGUGAAGGUGAUAGAAGAACUGAUGAAAUUCGAUCGGAACGGUGUGAUUUCAACGAGGAACAAGCUGACCGACUCGACCCCCCUACAGUUGGCUGCGGAAGGCGGCCAUGCGGAUGUCGUGAAGGUCCUUGUUCGAGCGGGGGCAUCCUGUACCGACGAAAACAAGUCAGGUUUCACUGCCGUCCAUAUGGCGGCAAAAAACGGGCACGGCCAGGUGCUCGAGGUUAUGCGGAGCUCUAAUUCGCUAAGGGUGUCCAGUAAAAAAUUGGGUUUAACGCCGUUGCACGUAGCUGCCUAUUACGGUCAAGCGGACACCGUGAGGGAGAUACUCAUCAACGUACCCGCAACGGUUAAAUCUGAUUCUCCAUCUGGAACAUCAUUAGUACCUGAAUUAGGGAAUGAGUCUGGGCUGACUCCGCUGCAUCUGGCGGCGUACUCCGGCAACGAGAACGUUGUCCGACUGCUACUCAACUCCGCUGGUGUUCAAGUCGAUUCUGCGACUACCGAAAAUGGUUACAAUCCCCUGCAUUUAGCGUGCUUCGGUGGGCACGUUCCGAUCGUGGGACUGCUGCUGAGCAGAUCUGCCGAGCUUCUGCACAGUGUAGAUCGGCACGGGAGAACCGGUCUGCACAUAGCGGCUAUGCACGGACACUACCAGAUGGUGGAGGUCAUGCUGGGUCAAGGUUCGGAAAUCAAUGCCUCCGACAAGAACGGCUGGACUCCACUGCACUGUACUGCCAAAGCCGGUCAUCUGGAUGUCGUGAAGCUGCUGGUGGAAGCCGGUGGUUCACCCAAGACGGAAACCAACUACGGCUGUGCACCGAUUUGGUUCGCUGCAUCCGAAGGCCACAACGACGUGCUCAAGUAUCUGAUGCACAAAGAGCACGACACCUACUCACUGAUGGAGGACAAACGGUUCGUCUACAAUCUGAUGAUCGUCUCUAAGAAUCACAACAACAAACCGAUCGAGGAGUUUGUUCUGGUUUCCCCCGCACCCGUUGAUACUGCCGCAAAGUUGUCAAAUAUUUUUAUAGUUCUAUCGACUAAGGAAAAGGAACGAGCCAAAGAUCUGAUCGCUGCCGGAAAACAGUGUGAAACGAUGGCUACCGAGCUCCUGGCGCUGGCCGCCGGUGCAGACUCGGCAGGUCGUAUUCUAACUGCCACCGAUCGACGGAACAUGGAGUUUCUCGACGUGCUGAUCGAGAACGAGCAGAAGGAGGUGAUCGCUCACACGGUGGUGCAAAGAUAUCUACAGGAACUCUGGCGAGGCACGCUCAACUGGACGGCGUGGCGAAUAAUGCUGUUGUUUGUCGGUUUCAUCGUGUGCCCACCGGUGUGGAUAAUUUUCACGCUUCCACUGGGGCACAACUACUACAAAGUUCCCAUCAUCAAGUUCAUGUCCUAUCUCACAUCGCACAUCUACCUGAUGAUCCAUCUGAUGAUUGUGGGCAUUACGCCCAUCUAUCCGGUAGUGCGAGCCAGUCUUCUGCCCUACUGGUACGAGUGGGGCCUGUUGAUCUGGCUCAGCGGCUUACUGCUGUUCGAGCUGACCAAUCCAAGCGACAAAUCCGGUCUCGGAAGUAUCAAGGUACUGGUGCUGCUAUUUGGGAUCAUCGGUGUCGGGGUGCACGUGUCCGGGAUGCUGUACGUGCAGAAAACCUUCUGGCCGACGUUGCUGUACUGCCGGAAUCAGCUGUUUGCCCUUUCGUUCCUGUUGGCGUGCGUGCAGAUCUUGGACUUUCUUUCGUUUCACCACCUGUUCGGUCCGUGGGCCAUCAUCAUCGGAGAUUUGCUCAAGGAUUUGGCCCGGUUUCUGGCCGUGCUGGCGAUCUUCGUGUUUGGAUUCUCGAUGCACAUCGUGGCACUCAACCAAUCGUUUCACAAUCUUAGUCCGGACGAGGUACGCCGGUUGCCUCUGUCGACGAGGAAUAAGGAAAUCUUCAGCGAUGUGCGCAUGAAUCCGAUUCUGUCCUUUGAACUGCUCUUUUUCGCUGUAUUUGGUCAAACCACCACCGAUCAAACACAAAUUGAUAAAAUGACACCGAAUACCACGCGAACGCAGCCAUAUUGGACCGAGUACUUGUUCAAAAUUGUCUUUGGCAUUUACAUGUUGGUAUCAGUGGUUGUCCUUAUCAAUCUGCUCAUUGCUAUGAUGUCUGAUACGUACCAGAGAAUUCAGGCCCAAUCAGACAUCGAGUGGAAGUACGGCUUGUCGAAGCUGAUCCGGAACAUGCAUCGAACUUCGACGGCACCGUCGCCGAUGAAUCUGGUUACGACGUGGUUCGUUUGGAUCUUUGAAAAAGUGCGGGCCAAACUGAUCAAGAAGAAACGCCCGUCGCUGGUGCAGAUGAUGAACCUCCACCGGGGCCAGCAAAGCCCCCGCUCGAAAGCCGGUGCCAAAUGGUUGUCGAAAGUGAAGAAAGGUCAGGUGGCUCCUAAAGACUCCACCGCUCUGUCCGCCAUGCAUCUGUCUCCCCUCGGCUCGCAAGUCAGUUUCACCACUGCCAAUACGACCCGAAUCGAGAACGUUGCCGAUUGGGCAGAAAUCUCCAAAAAGUACCGAGAGCUGGUGGGCAUCGAUUCCGAGGAUGGUGGCUCCGUGAAGGACUCGGAGGGUGACAACCGUUCGAUGGUCAACGAGGGCAACAACCAGCAGAUGGGCAACAACGUGAAUGCCAAUCAGGUUUAACGGUGGCGGGGUAGGAGGAACGGACAGCAGCCACCUACCAGCAUCUGGACGACUGCUAGAGAGAGACUUAGACGCAGCAACAAAAUGAUAGGUUUUUGUAUUCAAUCAUCGACGAAGCACUCGUUUUGCGGGGCUUUGUGCGUUCAAAUACUAGAAUUCUGGUGAUAGGUCAUUUGUAAAUAUCAGUCCGUUUCGCUUGUACAUAGUUGCAUAUAAGAGGAAGUUCGAGGUUAAUCGAUGAGAAAGUGCUUCAGGUUCGUUCUUUUGGAAAAGUUUCUAAAUUUUUGAGCUACAUAGUUUUAACGUCCGUCAUUUAUGAAUUCAAAUGAUGCGGAAUAGGUUAGGUAAAGGUCUUUCUUGUAUAUAAAGUUGGUUCCAUUGAG